AUGUACUCCUCCAACGAGCUGUGGAACUCCACUGAGCAGGUCUGGAUCAACGGCUCCCGGAUGAACUUCUCUCUGGGAAGACAUGGAGACGAUGAGGAGGAGGAAGAGGAAGGAGAUCAGCACCCCUUCCUCACAGAUGCCUGGCUGGUCCCCCUCUUCUUUUCCCUCAUCAUGCUGGUCGGACUGGUGGGCAACUCUCUGGUUAUUUAUGUCAUUUCCAAACACAGGCAGAUGAGGACAGCAACCAACUUCUACAUUGCAAACCUGGCUGCCACUGAUAUCAUCUUCUUGGUGUGCUGCGUCCCCUUCACUGCUACCCUCUAUCCUCUCCCUGGAUGGAUCUUUGGCAACUUCAUGUGCAAAUUUGUUGCCUUUCUUCAGCAGGUGACAGUCCAAGCCACCUGUAUCACUCUGACUGCUAUGAGUGGAGAUCGCUGUUAUGUGACAGUCUACCCUCUGAAAUCUCUGCGGCACCGUACCCCGAAAGUAGCUAUGAUUGUCAGCAUCUGCAUUUGGAUCGGCUCCUUCAUCCUGUCCACCCCGAUUUUAAUGUACCAGCGUAUAGAGGAGGGCUACUGGUACGGUCCUAGACAAUACUGCAUGGAGAGAUUUCCCUCUAAAACACACGAGAGGGCUUUUAUCCUCUACCAGUUUAUUGCUGCCUACCUGCUGCCUGUCCUCACUAUCUCCUUCUGUUACACUCUGAUGGUGAAGAGGGUGGGUCAGCCCACUGUGGAACCUGUAGACAACAACUACCAGGUCAACCUCCUGUCUGAGAGAACUAUAAGCAUCAGAAGCAAAGUCUCCAAGAUGGUGGUAGUAAUUGUCCUCCUCUUCACCAUCUGCUGGGGACCCAUCCAAAUUUUUGUCCUCUUCCAGUCUUUCUAUCCAAACUACCGGCCAAACUACACCACAUACAAGAUUAAGACCUGGGCCAACUGCAUGUCUUAUGCCAACUCUUCAGUCAACCCCAUCGUUUAUGGAUUCAUGGGAGCCAGCUUCCAAAAGUCCUUCAGGAAAACCUUUCCCUUCCUGUUCAAGCACAAGGUGAGAGAUAGCAGCAUGGCUUCAAGGACUGCCAACGCUGAGAUCAAGUUUGUUGCAGCAGAGGAAGGCAACAAUAAUAACGGAGUGAACUGAAUGUAAUAAUAAAAAAAGGAGGAAUGAGGUUA